AUGAGCAAACCCGCCGGCUCAACAAGUGGCUGUCUGGAUAUUCUGAAUGUCAAAUCAAGUCGGAUUCUGGACAUCCCAUGCAAAGUGUGCGGAGACCGCAGCUCGGGUAAACACUAUGGUGUUUACGCCUGUGACGGCUGCUCGGGAUUCUUCAAGAGCAUCCGCAGAAACAGGACGUACGUCUGUAAAUCUGGCUCUCAGGGUGGCUGUCCCGUAGACAAAACUCACAGAAACCAGUGCCGAGCGUGCCGUUUGAAAAAGUGUCUAGAAGUGAACAUGAAUAAAGACGCCGUUCAACACGAGAGGGGGCCCCGGACCUCCACCAUCCGCAAACAAGUCGCCCUAUAUUUCCGAGGCCACAAAGAGGUGAACGGAUCGUCGACCCAUUUCCCAGGAUCCUCUCUGGCCGGCCCUCCCUUCUUCACCACGGUCACGCAACUGGAGCCUCACAACCUGGAGAUGAGCGCAGUAGCCACAACACCAGAAAGACAGGCCAUCGUGGGUCUGGCACAGCCCACCCCGAAGUAUCCCCAUGAAGUUAGCGGCACCCCGCUGUACCUCUACGAGGUGGCAACGGAGUCUGUGUGUGAGUCAGCCGCGCGCCUCCUUUUCAUGAGCAUCAAGUGGGCAAAGAGUGUCCCCGCAUUCUCCACCCUGCCCUUGUCUGACCAGCUGAUUCUGUUGGAGGACGCUUGGAGAGAAUUGUUUGUUCUGGGCAUCGCGCAAUGGGCCAUUCCGGUGGACUCUACGACUCUUCUGGCUGUUUCUGGAAUGAACACCGACAACACAGAGUCUCAGCGGAUGAAUAAGAUCAUAUCUGAGAUACAAGCACUUCAAGAGGUGGUAACCAGAUUCAGGCAGAUGCGUCUCGAUGCCACAGAGUUCGCCUGUUUGAAAUGCAUCGUGACAUUUAAAGCCGUUCCGACGCAUGGCAACACCGAGUUAAGAAGUUUCCGCAACGCCAGCGCCAUUGCUGCACUCCAAGACGAGGCACAGCUCACUCUCAACAGCUACAUACACACUAGAUACCCGACUCAGCCGUGUCGCUUCGGAAAGCUGCUCCUGCUCCUGCCAGCGCUCCGCUCGGUGGGCCCGUCCACCAUAGAGGAGGUGUUCUUCAAGAAGACCAUCGGCAACGUCCCCAUCACCAGGCUCCUCUCCGACAUGUACAAAUCCAGCGAUAUAUGA